AUGCUAUUCAAAGAGCUAAAUGUUGCUUUAAUUAAUGAUCAUUCUAUUGAAUUUGAUAAUAUUAAAAAUUGCUUAAUACAGAAUGGUGUAAAUCAUUUAGCAGAAUUAGAUAUAUAUGAAUUGAAAGAUAUUAUAUCAAAAUAUAAAGAUUCUAAAGAUUGUGAUAAAAUUUAUGACUGGCUAAAUUCUAAAUUUGAUAAUACUAUUCCUGAUUUUAUUAUUUUAAACAAACAAAGUUUUGAUCAAGAUAUUUUUAAUAUUUUAACAAUCAACUUAUUAUUGCCAAUUGUAGAUUUUGAUUUUCUUAAUCAUUCCAUUAGAGACAAUAAGGUAUUAAAACUAUAUAAUUAUACUUUUGCAAAUCAUUAUAUUUUUGCUCGUCAACAACACUUAAAAUCAAAGUCCGCCACACCAGAUAUUAGUUCACCCAAUUUACAUUUUUAUGUUUCCAAUUCUUGCUUUACUAGUAUAGAAUAUCUUUUUAUUAAACACUUAAUCAUUUCAUUAGGUGGAUCUCUUACAGAUAUUUUAUCAAAUUCUAUUACUCAUCUAAUUUCAAAUAAAUCUGAUGAUCCGGCGAUAAUUGCAAUUAAAAAUCAUCCAUCAAAGGAAACAAAGUUUAAUAACAUCAAUUUUGUAUUUCCAACUUGGUUAUACCAUUGCUGGAAAGUAGGUUCAAUCCAAAACGUGGACAACUAUGUAAUUCCUGAUAAUUCUACAGAUUGUUCCACUCUUUAUGAGGAUUCUUGGGACUUUAUUAAUAAGAAAAUAUCUUUUUCAAAUACUCAUAUUUCCCCCAAUCUAUUAACUAAUAAGACGUUUAUUGUAUCCAUGAAUUUAAAAUUGAGUAAAAAUUUAUUAAUACUGAUAAAUGACUUCAUUAUAUCUCAGAAUGGUAAAAUUAAAAGAUAUUUAGAUGAGAAUGACUUUAGUUCAUUUAAAAUAGCAAAUUGUUAUAUUGGAGCAAAUUUAAUUUCAAAUGAAUAUAAUUCACUACUAAGUAAUAAAAAAUUAUCGUUAGGAAAUUUGAUUUGGCUAUUAAAUAUUUGGCAAUCCCAAAAAUUUAUUGAUCCAUCCACUUCAAUAUGGUAUACCCCAUUUCAAUCAAAACUUCUCAAUGGUCAAACUACAAUCUCUUUUACUAAUUUCUACGGGGUUCAACGAUAUUAUUUACAACUAUUAAUUUAUUUACUGGGAGCCAAUUCAAGUGUUAAUCUUACAAAAAAAUUCACGAAUUUUUUAAUUGUAAAAAAACCAAUAGGUAAAAAAUUUGAAUCUGCAAAGUUAUGGAACUCUAAGGGACAAGAUAUAAAAAUACUAAACCAUCGUUGGCUACAUGAUUGUUAUAUUCAAAAUAAAAAUUUGAAAUUAAUUCCAAAGUAUUUAAUUUUCCCAAAGGAUAAUGAGGAAUCAAUAUUUGAUUCAUUUGGUUAUAUCAAUAAUCAUACAGACAUGAAAAUAGAUGACGUAUUUUCAUUAUCAACUACUCAAGAUGGUGGUAUAGAUAGUACAUCCACAUUAGAGGGAAUAUUUCAAAUACCUCAACAAAAUAUAAAUGAAUUACCGAGCAUAAAAAAUGUAUCAAAUACAAAUCCACACCACUCGAUAAAAUAUCCAUCUCAAAGUUCGAUUGAUCCAUUUAAGACUCCUGUUUCAUUAUUAGCACCUUCAAGGCCGUCAACAGUUAAUUACUCUAACUUAACUGAAAAACUUAACGAAGCAUGCGUUCUAUCUGAAACAGAAAUAAAUGAUGUGAAUGAUAAGGAAACCAAUAGUUCUCUAGAAGAAACUUUACCACCUAGAGAUUCAGAAUUUCAAUUGAAUAAUGGUAUUCCUCACGCAGAUGACGUUACAAUAUUAGAUGAUGACUUAUCAAUACCGAAGAAAACGAUAUAUACAACUAAAAAGAAAAAACCUAAUUUAACAGAUAAAACUCAUAAAGAAGAAUCUGUAGAACUAGUUGCUAAAGCUCCAAAAGAUUUACCAAACAAUUCAAAAAAAAAUCAAAUAGAAUAUAUAUCUGAAAUUUCUUCAAAUGAAAUAAUUAAAUCAGUAAAAUGUUCCUCUCCAUUCAAAAACGAGAUUAAUGAUGAUAAUGACAGUAAUAAUUCUACGACUUUAUUUUCGUCGCCUUCACAUGGAAGCAGAGCAGCAAAGUCAAAGGCAAACAAAAGAAUGCAUACUGAUAUUGAAUCAUUAAAUCAAUAUCAAAAAAGCAAUAAGCGUAAAAAAACAGUUGAAGAAUUCGAAGAUUUGGAGAAUAAUAAGAAAUUAGAUAAGUUGGCUAAAGAGAAACUAUCAAACAUCUUAAAUCAAAAGGGUAGUAAAGACAGCAAUAUAGAUAUUGAUUUACUAUUUAGUAAGAAAUCACCCAAAAGCUGUUUACCUUAUAACAUUGAAGCUGUUUGUACAGGGUGCCCAGAGCUAAAUAAUGAAUUAGAAUUACAUAUUUUGAAGAGAUUAGGCAUAAAGAUACAUGAUGAUAUUACCAGUGAUAAUAUUGACAAAUUAAAUACAAUAUUUGCGCCCAAAAAGAUGAGGACUGCGAAGUUUUUGAAAAGUUUUAGCUUCAAGCCUUUAAAAUACCUUUUAACACCAUCUUUUUUAAUAGAUCUUUUGGCAAUUAUUAAUGGUAAAAAAUCUGGAAGCAUUAAGUUGCCUUUUGAAAAAUAUCAAAUACGAGAUUUCGAAGAUGACAUUAAUGAACAACGCAUCUUGAAUAAGACUAAUUUACCAACCAAAAUAUUUGAAAGAGGCAACGUUACAAAUGUUAAUCUAAUCAACGAUAUUCCUGGUGGUAUAGAAGUUAUUAGAUCGAUUUUAACUUCACAUGGCAUGCGAGAUAUAAAAAUAAUACCAAAAACAUUUAACAAGGAAGAUUUUAUACAAAAUAUACCUUCGAAGAAGGAUCAGAAAGAUGAUCAGUCUUUUGAUUGUAUUUUCAUUGUCAGCAAGGGUUCUCAAGUCAAGAAGUUUAAAAAAGUGAUGAAUAACGAUAUGAAGAUAUUGGCUGUCAAGUGGGAUUGGUGUGUUAAUUCUAUAUUUAAUUUAGACGUCACCUGGGACUCAAAAGAUGGCAUUGUUUACCAAAGUUAG